UUUGCUUCUUUUUGCUUAUAAAUAAAAAAGAUCAAACACAAUAAAAUAAUGGAGACUUCCCUAUCACAUAUGGCGAGCUUUAUUGCCUUUGUGUGCACUAUUUCCCUUGCCAUUAGUACAGCAAAAUCCCAAUCCAAUGUAACCAGAGGUUCUUCUUUAAAGCCUACCGGUGCCACCACCUCUUGGUUGUCGCCAUCGGGAUUAUUCGCCUUCGGUUUCUACCCACAAACCGACGGAUACGCCGUUGGUAUAUAUAUUGCUGGAAUUCCAGAAAGGACGGUCGUCUGGACGGCUAGUCGUAACGACCUUCCACUCUCAAAUAAUGCUACUUUGAGAUUCACAUCUGAUGGAAGGCUCACUGUCGAACAAACACAGGGUCAACAAAUCAAUAUAUUUGAUACUGGUGGUGCUUCUUUUGCUUCCAUGCAAGACACCGGCAACUUUGUGCUCUAUGAAUCCACUGGGACGGUACUUUGGCAAACCUUUGACCACCCGACAGACACUCUUUUGCCUGGACAACGUCUCCUACCUGGCCAAAGUUUGUAUUCAGGUGUCUCGGAGACUGACCAGUCAAUUGGUGUGUUCCAGCUCAGUAUGCAAACCGAUGGGAACCUUGUGCAAUUCCCAAAUGUGUACUGGCAAUCCAACACGGGUGAAGAUGGUCCUAACGUGACACUAAAUCUUGAUUCCAAUGGUUUUCUGUAUCUACUAAAAAAUUCUACUUUUUUUAUCUUGAAUUUUACACAAAAAGGAUACCCAACAAAAGAUUCACUUUAUCGCAUGAAGCUUGAUCUAGAUGGAAUUUUUCGACUGUAUCAUCAUGAUCUAAGUAACACAAGCAAGAGUGGAUCUGUCAAAUGGGCAGAAACGACAAACAAGUGUAUAGGGAAGGGUCUUUGUGGCGUUAAUGGGUAUUGUGUGGUCAUGAACGAUGCUGCCACAUGUCGAUGUAUUCCGGGCUUUGAAUUCAUCAAUGAAGAGCGUUCGAGUUUGGGUUGCAGGAGAGCUUACACUAUAGAAAGCUGCAAGAAUCCAGAUGUAGAGACCAGAAUUCAGAUGACUAAUUUGGAUAAUGUUCGAUGGGACGAAAGCACGUAUGUCAUACCGAAAGCCUCAACCCAAGAAGAGUGUUCAUCGGCUUGCUUAACUGACUGCAACUGCGAGGUCGCACUGUUCACCGAACAAGAAUGCAGGUUUCAGAGGCUCCCAAUAAGAUACAUUGAAAUAAUUGAUAUCGAGCAAAAAGUUGGGUUGAUUAAAGUAUACAAAUCUUCUGAAGAUAAUAGAACGAAUCCAACUAAUCAAGCGAUUCAUCUCAAGAAAGUGCGACAAAAGGAGGUCAUGGUUAUUGGUGUUUCACUUGUCUCAUUUUCGGUAAUUGUUUUGUUAAUUGCUGGAAUAAUUUUGUAUCGAGCUCAAGCUUGGGCAUACAAAAAGAUAUCUGAGAAUCUAAAUGUCCAAUUAUUCGAGGACAUGGGACCUAAGGCAUUUUCUUAUGCUGCUUUAGAGAAAAUCACCGAUGGUUUUAAAGAAGAAUUGGGUAGCGGAUCAUUUGGGGUAGUUUACAAAGGUAUCAUAGAGAGCUCGAUGAGACCUGUGGCGGUGAAGAAAUUGAAACAAGAACUGGCACAAGGGGAACGGGAAUUUCAAACCGAAAUGAAAGUGAUCGGGAGAACACAUCACCGUAACCUAGCAAAACUGCUCGGUUAUUGUUGUGAAGGUCCUGAAAGGCUGCUGGUUUUGGAGCAUAUGAGCCAAGGAUCACUUGCAGAUAUACUAUUCGCACCCGAAGAAAGCAAGCCAAAACCAUGUUGGACGGAAAGAAUCAAAAUUGCAGUUGAUAUAGCUCAUGGCAUCCUUUACCUACAUGAAGAAUGCGAACACCCUAUAAUUCACUGUGACAUUAAGCCUCAAAAUAUCCUCAUGGACGAGUUCGGAUGUGCGAAGAUUUCUGAUUUUGGCUUGGCUAAGCUACUUGAACAUGAUCAAACCAAAACGUCCACCAUGAUCAGAGGAACAAGGGGUUAUGUUGCCCCUGAAUGGCACAAGAGGCUACCGAUAACAGUUAAGGUGGAUGUCUAUAGUUUUGGAAUUGUUCUUUUCAAUAUCUUAUGCUGUCGGAGGAACGUAGACAACAAUCUUCCUGACAAUGAAGCUAUUCUUGAAGAAUGGGUGUACGAGUGCUACGAAGCAAAUCAACUGUUAAAACUGGUAGAUUAUGAUGAGGAUGUAGAAAAGGGGAGACUCGAACAAAUGGUCAAAAUCGGGCUCUGGUGUGUCCAAGAGGAGCCAUCUCUCCGCCCUUCAAUGAAGAGAGUGGUGUUGAUGCUUGAAGGGACCGUCAAAAUACCAGUGCCUCCCAACCCUACUUCAUUCCUCGGUGUUGUUUAGUUAACAAAACUAGUCUAGUUUAACUAGAUAAAAACACCAUUCUACUUUUACAUAUAUUUUAUGUUGUAUGCAGCUGUUAAUUUUGAGUUGUUAUGCAGUGAAUUUUUAGUUGUACAUUUCUGUUAAAGAAAUUAGUUUGAGUUGUACAUCUAUGUUCCCUUUUCAUAUAUACUCC